GUCGGACACGGAAGUCGGGGUGGCCGGCGGCGGCCCCGGGAGCGGCGAGUGUCGGGAGCGGCAGAAUCCCCGCUGGGGCUGCGGAACUGAGCAAGAGCAGAUUCUGACCUGCCGUUCCCAGGGCUGGAGGCCCUGACAGCAUUCGGACAAGAUGAAGACCGUGCUCAUGGUUGCAGAAAAGCCAUCCUUGGCCCAGUCCAUUGCCAAAAUCCUCUCUCGAGGAAGCAUGUCCUCACAUAAAGGGCUGAACGGAACCUGCUCAGUGCAUGAGUACACUGGAACCUUCGCUGGCCAGACCGUCCGCUUCAAGAUGACAUCUGUCUGUGGUCAUGUGAUGACUCUGGAUUUCCUGGGGAAGUACAACAAGUGGGACAAGGUGGACCCCGCAGAGCUUUUCAGCCAAGCUCCGACAGAGAAGAAGGAGGCUAACCCCAAGCUGAACAUGGUGAAGUUCCUGCAGGUCGAAGGCAAAGGCUGUGACUACAUCGUGCUGUGGCUGGACUGUGACAAGGAGGGGGAGAACAUCUGCUUUGAGGUCCUGGAUGCCGUGCUGCCCGUCAUGAACCAGGCCCACAGCAGCGAGAAGACCGUGUUCCGGGCCAGGUUCAGCUCCAUCACCGACACAGACAUCUGCAAAGCCAUGGCCUGCCUGGGCGAGCCAGACCACAACGAGGCACUCUCGGUGGAUGCCCGGCAGGAGCUGGACCUGCGCAUAGGCUGUGCCUUCACCAGAUUUCAGACCAAGUACUUCCAAGGCAAAUACGGCAAUCUUGACAGCUCCCUCAUCUCCUUUGGGCCUUGCCAGACCCCUACCCUGGGCUUCUGCGUGGAGAGACACGAUAAAAUCCAGUCCUUCAAACCGGAGACCUACUGGGUGCUGCAGGCCAAGGUGGACGUGGAUAAAGACAGAAGCCUCCUUCUGGACUGGGACCGGGUGCGAGUGUUCGACCGGGAGAUCGCGCAGAUGUUCUUAAACAUGACCAAGCUGGAGAAGGAAGCCCUGGUGGAGUCCACAAGCAGGAAGGAGAAGGCCAAGCAGAGGCCCCUGGCCCUGAACACCGUGGAGAUGCUGCGCGUGGCCAGCUCUUCCCUGGGCAUGGGGCCCCAGCAUGCCAUGCAGACCGCUGAGCGGCUCUACACACAAGGCUACAUCAGCUACCCGCGGACCGAGACCACGCACUACCCUGAGAACUUUGACCUGAAGGGGCCCCUUCGACAGCAGGCCAAUCACCCCUACUGGGCCGACACGGUGAAGCAGCUGUUAGCAGAAGGCAUCAACCGCCCCCGCAAAGGCCACGACGCUGGUGACCACCCCCCGAUCACCCCCAUGAGGGCUGCCACCGAGGCCGAAUUAGGGAGCGAGGCGUGGCGGCUCUACGAGUACAUCACCAGGCACUUCAUUGCCACCGUCAGCUACGACUGCAAGUACCUGCAGAGCUCCAUCUCCUUCCGGAUCGGGCCCGAGCGCUUCUCCUGCACUGGGAAGACCGUCAUCUCCCCAGGAUUCACGGACAUCAUGCCCUGGCAGAGCAUACCUCUGGAGGAGAGCCUGCCCACCUGCCAGAAGGGGGACACCUUCCCUGUGGGCGAGGUGAAGAUGCUGGAGAAGCAGACGAGCCCACCUGACUACCUGACGGAGGCCGAGCUCAUCACGCUCAUGGAGAAGCACGGCAUCGGCACGGACGCCAGCAUCCCCGUGCACAUCAACAACAUCUGUCAGCGCAACUAUGUCACGGUGGAGAGCGGCCGCCGCCUCAAGCCCACCAACCUCGGCAUCGUGCUGGUGCACGGCUACUACAAGAUCGAUGCAGAGCUGGUGCUCCCCACCAUCCGCAGCGCCGUGGAGAAGCAGCUGAACCUCAUUGCCCAGGGCAAGGCCGACUACCGCCAGGUCCUGGGCCACACCCUAGACAUCUUCAAAAGGAAGUUCCACUACUUCGUCGACUCCAUCGCUGGCAUGGAUGAACUGAUGGAGGUGUCUUUCUCUCCGCUGGCGGCCACGGGGAAGCCUCUUUCCCGCUGCGGGAAGUGCCACCGGUUCAUGAAAUAUAUCCAGGCCAAGCCCAGCCGCCUGCACUGCUCACACUGCGACGAGACCUACACCCUGCCCCAGAACGGCACCAUCAAGCUCUACAAGGAGCUGCGCUGCCCCCUGGAUGACUUCGAGCUGGUCCUGUGGUCCUCGGGCUCUCGGGGCAAGAGUUACCCACUGUGCCCCUAUUGCUCCAACCACCCACCCUUCCGAGAUAUGAAGAAAGGCAUGGGCUGCAACGAGUGCACACACCCCACCUGCCAGCACUCGCUGAGCAUGCUGGGCAUCGGCCAGUGCGUGGAGUGCGAGAGCGGGGUGCUGGUGCUGGACCCCACCUCCGGCCCCAAGUGGAAGGUGGCCUGCAACAAGUGCAACGUGGUGGCGCACUGCUUCGAGAAUGCGCACCGUGUGCGCGUGUCCCCUGACACCUGCAGCAUCUGUGAGGCAGCCCUGCUCGACGUGGACUUCAACAAGGCCAAGUCCCCACUGCCCGGCGACGACACACAGCAUACAGGCUGCGUCUUCUGCGACCCUGUCUUCCAAGAGCUGGUGGAGCUGAAGCACGCCGCUUCCUGCCACCCCAUGCACCGUGGGGGCCCGGGGAGGCGGCAGGGCCGAGGCCGGGGCCGGGGGCGACGGCCCCCGGGGAAGCCCAGUGCCCGACGGCCCAAGGACAAGAUGUCAGCUCUAGCUGCCUACUUCCUGUAAUAGCCUCGCCUUCUCCGUGGAUCCCCCGCCACUGCCCUUGGGCCCUG